GUUCCUGAUCAUGUUGUACAUCAGUAGCAGCAGGUUGUGAUCAUGGCUGUGAUCUGUAUCAGCGCAUGUUGACUGAAUGACAGCGUGUUUAUGUCGGUGCUUUGUGUUUUUCAGCGUGAAGUGUGGAUGAACCUCUUUACCUCACGGUGACCGACAUGUUUUGGAGAUCAGCGGGUCAGCGGGGAUCUGUGCUUCUCCACCGGUGCUGGUCCCUCACCUCUCCCCGGUGUCCUUUGCUCUCUCCACGGUCCUUCUCCGGCUCUGCUCCUGACCGGUGUGCCGCACAGGAGGAGCCUCUGAGGCGGUGGGCUCUGGCCGUGAGCCCCUUCACCACGGUGCGGGCUCGGCUGGCCUGCAGCAUCUCCGUCUGCCCGCUGGACCCGCACCGGUACCCGGAGGCUGACCGAGCCUUCAUCACCGUCCACGGGACAGACGGAGAGCAGGAGGUCGGUCUGGAUCACCUGCAGGUCCGCUAUGAUGAACAGAGCAAAGAGCUGCUGAUCUCCGCUGAGAAGGUCACCAGCGACGUGUCCAUUGAGAUGUCUGCACCCAUCAAAAGCAAUCUUUUCAUCACUGCACAAGGAAAAGGCAACGUGCAAGUGAAGAAGAUGGAGAGUGACAUCUGCAAGGUGCAAACAGAAAAGGGCAACUGUGUUCUGCACUCUGUCAAGGGUCAUCAGGUUGAGGUUCAGUCCCACGGAGGACAUGUCACAGGCGUGGGCACCAUCCAUGGCAACGUGGACAUCAGCACACGAGGAGACAGUGCUGUGGAUGUCAAGAAGCUCCAGGGCACCAGGAUGAAUGUUUCCACCGAGCACGGCCCUCUGAAGGUCAAAGCCAUCUACGCCGAGUCCAGCUGCAUCUCCUCCAGCUCUGGCAGAGUGGAACUGGGACACGUACAUGGUAACACUACUGUAAAGAACAUAUCUGGAGAUACAGUUAUAGAUGGUUCAAGUGGAUCCCUGAAAGUUUCGUCUCACAGCGGAGUCAUUGAUGUCUAUGUGGGGGACGGUGGCAGCGCUGAGCUCCACAGUCAGGAUGGAGCUGUGAGUGUGCGUGUCCCAUCCUCGUUAAACGUCGGGGUGGAGCUCCGUGGAGCAUCGGUGGAUAUCAGCCCGGAGGUUGUUCUGCAUGAACUAGAAAACAACAUUAACGAAAGCAACACCACGGUUACUGGCUACAUGAACGGAGAGUCUGCAGCCGACCGAUGGGUGAAAGCUCAGGCAGACAGAGGCUCUGUCAGACUGAAGACACAAAGCUGGUUUGAGUCCCUGAAGCUGGGAGGCUGAGGGACAGGAUGUCUGGAGUCAUAACGCUGCAUCACUGCACUGGGUGUCAACAUAGAGGCGGAUUCUGCUGCAGCCCCUCGAGACUGAAUGUUAUUUUACCCUGCUUAAUUAUUUACCUCUGUGCUCAGGAUUUAUUGUAUUUAAGAAGAAAAUUACUUGUAAUCUAAAGUGCUUUUCAAAUGUUCUGAUAUGUAUAGAAAUCAAUGUGGAAGGUGUGUUGUACACCAAAGCCGGGUUAAGUGUCACUUUAAAUUUGAUGUAAAGAAGAAA